UUAGCGUACUCUUUGGACCCUUUAAUUUGUCGGUCGUUCUCGUCGUCAGUCUUAACAAACACCCGGCGUUUGUAAUGCCUGAGUUUGUAGUGUUUUUCUUUCAGUAGGCUUUAAUCAUACCAAUAUUUUGAUGGAUUUGGCCUCAGUUUGGUGUGUUACAUCAGUACAAAAGGGCAACUCCGUCUGUCAGCCAGAUAUUCCGCCUGCCUGGAGGCUUCUUGGUUGGCCAUCGUUAGUUAACAUUAGGUUAGCCAACUUCGAUAGCGUGUGCUAACGUCCCCCCCCGUAAGCUGCUGAAGUAAAGUACCGUUAAAUGUUUUAAUAUACUUUUUUUUUUUUUUGUUUGCCUCCCGUGAGCAAGUGUUCUCCUCGUAACUAUCAAAGUGCCGUUUGCUAACGCUAAACCCUGAGCCAGCUGGUUUGUAAGCUACACGCUAACAGUAGCACUCUUUGCUUCAGCCAGCUCGUAUCAACCUGCUGCCAAAAUGAUGGACUUUGACAAUAUAUUGGACCUAGCCUCGCAAAACCAGGGCCUGAGCACUGUGCAGCAGCAAAAGAGGUACAGUUUACAAACUGGACCACCCAAAAAGGACCCAAAGUCGAAAGGUGUAAAUCCGGCUGCUGUGAAGGCGCUUCUGAAGAAGCAACACACCGAGACCAAAAAGAAAGAAAUUCAAAGUAAGAAACAGAAGGAGGAACUGCUAGCCAAGAGGGUUGAGUUGAAGUCGGACCGUAAAGCACGAGCCAUGGCUUCCAGGACUAAGGACAAUUUCAGAGGCUACAACGGCGUCCCGGUGGUAGAGCUUCCCAAGAAGAGGAGAUCAAAACACGAAAUGCAGGAAGAAAGAUCAACGGAUGGGGAGAGAUUUAGGAAUAACUCAAUUGACCCUGAGGACGAUGAGGAUAAUUAUGACUAUGAUAUGACGGAUUCGGAACCAGAUCAGGAGCCGGAGCAGGUGAGACCAGGGAAACCCACAGGCAGUAAUAGUAGCAGUAGCAGUAGCAAGCACCCCUCUAAAAAACCCAGUGGGCCGCCUAAGCCCGCUCCACCUCCCAUGAACUUUGCAGAGUUACUCAAAUUGGCGGAGAAGAAGCAGUUUGAGCCAGUUGAGCUAAAAUCCAAGGCAGUGAAAAAGGAUGAAAGGCUCCGCACAGCUGACGAGAUAAAGGAACUGGAGUUGGAGCGCAAGGCUAAGAGACCGGACAAGGACAGAGACUCAAAGGCAGAGAGGGACAGAGACAGCAAGUCCCAGUCCAGCUCUAGUAGAAAAGGCACAGAGAGGGAGCAGAAGAACUGUAAACCGCAAAAGAACUCGGUAGAAAAGCCAAGUCUGCCCAGUGGGUCAGGGAAGAAGUCCCACCAAAUACCGAUUAGUGAUAAAGGCCACUCUUCUUCCAAGCCCACUGUGGGUGACAGAGAAAGAGAGAGACCCAAGAUGUCUCACAGUGAUAGAGACAGAUCCAAGAUGAGCGUUUCUAGUUCAUCUAGUGCCAUAAACAGUAAAGUACCUUCAAAAGCCACAUCUUCUCAGGUUUCAGCCAAACAGGGGGGACCCAGGCCCUCAUCUAGCCACAAAUCCAGCACCUCAAGUGACCUUAGCUUCAAAAAGGAAAGCUCAUCAUUACUUCAUGGAAGAACUUCAGGUAUUCCUGGGACCAGGCCUCCUGGUACGUCUGUAACUAGCCAAAAAUCUCCACAUGGGAGCUCCCAACAGACCAGGCCCAGUCAGGGUAGUUCAGUGAAGCAGGGACCUACAGUCGGGGGCCACAAGUCUGGAAAGGGAGAACCACUCAGGCCUGGAAUUAAUCCUGCAGUAAAAUCAAGUGGUAAUUCAGCGAUGAGACCUUCAUCAGGUGGCCCACCUAGGGCAGGGAGCCAACCUCAGGCCAGACCUGGAGGCACACUCCAGGCGAAAGCUGGUGGUGUCCCACAGGCCAGGCCUGGUGGGAGGGGCAUGCAGGGUCAACCUGGAGGUAGUGGAACUCGACCUCCGGGGAUUGGACCCAGUCGGCCUGGUAGUGGCGGACCGGUACCCGGACCAUCGGCUGGCAGCUUUGGAUCAGGACCUGGAAGACCCAAGUGCACUGUGGUCUCAGAGACCAUCUCAUCCAAGAAUGUUGGUGGCUCCAGACCAGGAGCCCCUCCUCGGCCAGGCAUGCCACAGAGACCUGGGAUGGCACCAAGACCGGGUAUGCCUCCCAGACCGGGAAUGCCUCCUAGGCCGGGAAUGCCUCCUAGGCCGGGAAUGCCUGCCAGACCAGGAAUGCCUCCUAGACCAGGAAUGCCUCCCAGGCCUAUGAUGAACAGACCUCCAGGUACAAUGUUACCACCCAUCACCUCUGCAUACAAGAGAAAAUACGAGGAUGAAGAAGAUGACUACGACUCAGAAAUGGACGAUUUUAUUGACGAUGGAGGGGAGGAUCAGGACAAGAUUUCCAGGCACAUUAAGGAAAUCUUUGGCUACGAUCGAACCAAAUACAAGGACGAGAGUGACUAUGCACUGAAAUUCAUGGAGAGCAGCUGGAGAGAUCUGCAGAAAGAGGAGGCCAGAAGCCUGAAACUGGCAGUGCAGGAAGAUCUGGAGGAGGAGAAAAGAGAGGAAGAGGAGUGGAAAAUGAAGGCCAAGAGGAAAAAAAAGAACUGAAAUCCCUUUGCUGAUGAGAUUAAUAAUUAUUAAAAAAAAACAUUGUCUCCUGAAGUACAGGACAGUGGAUCUGCCAACACACGCAGUGACACAUGACAUCGGAUCAGGAGGAAAAGAGAAGAAUUUUAGUCCAAGACAAAAUAUGCACAAAUCAUUCAGGCAUUAGGCCCUUAGGAUGUGACGAAAAGUCCCUGUUGUAUUAUUUAUUUCCCCCCAUUGAGUGCAGGGUUUACACUGUCAACAGUCUCAAUUUCUCAAAGGAACUGAGUUGCAAAGAGAGCUACUGUAUAAGCAUUUUAUUUUCUUUUUUUUUUUUUUUAGACUAACAAUGACAUCCAGUCUCAAGUGUUGAUAACAUGCUAUUUUUGAGGAGAAGUUGCAUAUUUUUCCAAACAAAACUUUGAUUGUAAAGUCAAUUGAUUAUGCAGAAAACAUGACGUGUUUGUCUUUAAAAAAAAAAGAGAAAUGAUUCCAUAAAGGGUUUUAUUUAAA